AUGCUCUUCGCCUCUCUGGCUAGCUGCUUUUCCUUGAUAGCAUGUGCUCAUGCUCAACUGCUGACUGGUUCAGCUAGAGCUGAACAAUCUAGCUCUACUUUGAAGCCCUUGGCCAAGAACACACCCACGACUCUUGCUAGCACCGCUUCCCCCAUCAGCCUUGAGACACCGACUGUGGAUAUACAUGCUACUACUGAAGCCUCGGACGAUGCGUCGUACUGGCUGGCGGAUAUCAAGCACCAAGGUCUUGCAGCAUUUAACUCGAAUCCUUCUACCUACACGGUAUUCCGCAAUGUGAAGGACUAUGGCGCCAAAGGUGACGGUGUGACCGAUGAUACUGCUGCUAUCAAUCUUGCUAUCAGCGAUGGUGGCCGUUAUGGCCCAGCAAGCCGAGAGUCUUCCACCACGACCCCCGCUAUCGUAUAUUUCCCAGAAGGAACGUAUCUGAUCUCGACGUCUAUCAUCGACUAUUACUUUACACAGCUCAUUGGUAAUCCAAACUCUAUUCCGGUGAUCAAAGCUACCGCGGGUUUCACUGGGCUGGGGUUGAUUGACGGGGACCAGUACCAAAGUGAUGGCGGUCAGGGCUGGACCUCGACCAACGUGUUCUUCAGGCAGAUUCGAAACUUGAAGCUGGAUUUAACAAACAUCCCUGCCACCUCGGGAGCCACAGGUAUUCACUGGCCUACUGGACAAGCCUCAAGUAUUCAGAAUGUGGAGAUCGAAAUGAGCUCAGCCUCAGGGACACAGCACCAGGGUAUUUUCAUUGAGAAUGGGUCCGGUGGCUUCUUGACCGAUAUCACCAUCACUGGUGGUUUGUAUGGCGCCAACGUUGGCAAUCAGCAAUUCACCAUGCGCAACUUGGUCAUUUCGGAUGCAGUGACCUGCAUUUCUCAGAUCUGGGACUGGGGCUGGACCUACCAAGCUCUGAAGCUGUCGAACUGCACAACCGCUCUUGCCGUCAACAACGGUGGCGCCGGUGACCAGCUCGUUGGCUCAGUGACAGUUUUUGACAGCAUAAUUCAGGAUUGCUCGACAUUUGUCGCUUCUGCAUGGGCGAGCUCUACCUUUUCCAACGGAAGUCUUAUUUUGGAGAACAUUAUCCUUGAUGAUGUAACAGUAGCCGUGAAAGGAGCCAGUGGAACCAUUCUCGCUGGAGGCUCCACAACUAUCAGUGCUUGGGGUCAAGGUCAUAAGUACACCCCAGAUGGCCCGACCAAUUUCCAGGGUGCUCUCACUGCUCCAACCCGCCCGGGCGCUCUCCUUGCAAGCGGAUCCUCCAACUACUACACUAAGUCUAAGCCUCAAUAUGAGGCCUCGCCGACAUCCUCUUUCGUCAGCAUCAGAACUGCUGGUGCCAAAGGAGAUGGGUCGACGGAUGAUACAUCCGCGAUCCAGUCUGCGUUGACCUCCGCAGCAUCAUCUGGCCAGAUUGUGUACUUCGACGCAGGAACUUACAAAGUUACCAACACUCUCUACUUCCCUCCUGGGUCCCGAGUUGUCGGUGAAGCCUACCCUGUGAUCAUGGCCAGUGGCAGUGUCUUCUCAAUCAUGUCCGAGCCUGUUCCUGUAGUUCAAGUCGGCAAGUCUGGAGAGUCUGGCUCGAUUGAAUGGUCGGAUAUGAUUGUCAGCACGCAAGGCUCCACGCCAGGUGCCGUCCUCAUCGAAUGGAAUUUGGCAGCGAACGCUGGCUCUGGAAUGUGGGACGUUCAUACACGCAUCGGAGGCUUCACUGGCUCAGAACAGCAGGUGGCACAGUGUCCAACCUCGUCCGCCGUGUCGGCGGCCUGCGAGGUGGCUUACAUGUCCAUGCAUAUCACAAGCACUGCGAGUGACGUAUACCUUGAGAACGUCUGGCUGUGGACGGCGGAUCAUGAUCUCGACAGUGCCCAAAACACCCAAAUUUCGGUGUACUCCGGCCGUGGACUGUUAGUGGAGGGAAAGAAUAUCUGGCUAUAUGGAACAGCGGUGGAGCACCACCAGCUAUACCAGUACCAAUUCUCUGGAGCUAGCAACGUUGUAGCAGGCUUCAUCCAGACCGAAACACCAUACUAUCAACCUAGCCCUAAUGCAGCCAACGGUCCAUACCCCACAAAUCCUACCCUCAACGAUCCAGACUAUAGCACAUGCCUCUCUGGUAACUGCGACGCUCUUGGUCUCCGUGUUCUUAACAGCAAUGAUAUUGUUCACCACGUGCUCGACUUUCCCUACCCAGAGAAUUGCCAAAGCGAGAUUUUCAGCGUUGAGGGAACCACGAGCAACCUAGUAGUAUAUACACUCAGCACUGUUGGCGUUACUAAUAUGAUUGUCAAGGAUGGAAGUCCUUUGGCAGUUGUCAGUGACAAUUUGGCAACGUAUGCCGCUACUAUUGCAUACUUCAUUUUGUAA